GCUCAAACAGGAAGUGAAGAGCUUCGUGCUUGUGUAAACAGCGCGGCUUGAAAAAGUUGACUCGCGUUAGGAACAAGUAUGCAGGGGAAGCCGGAAAGUCAGAAUGUGCGUAAAAAGGAGGAGAAAUAACUGAAAAUAAAGGGAAAUUUCAGUGCGCGCGACUGAGCAGCUCGAGCAAAGAGACUGUGUGUGUGCGCGCGCGCACGAGGGUGCGAGACAGAAAGCCCGAGAGCAGAGAGUAGUAACGCUAGCCGAGGAGAGAGAGAGAGAGAGAGAAAGAGAUUAAACCCGCGGUAAAGUGACAUAACACGGUCCGGGCGACUCUUCAAGUGCUUAAUGUUAGGGUUUGGACAAGAACCGGAGUGUAUUUUUUAUGCGUUUGUGUUUCGAGGAGAAGAAGUUCGGGCUGGUUUCGGCGUCUGGCUUUCAAAUUUCCCUCCGUUUUGUAGAGAGCUCGGGGGGAGCCUGAGCUAAUAGGGCGGCGGGCUAAACACACUCAGGCCGCAGGGGCAAGCGACCCAGCCCGGGUUACACUCCGGAGGAGCUCACCGCUCACUUGUGUUCUAACGGCCGAGUUUGUGAAUCCGUCAAUCUUUCCGUUGUCUUGGAUACGCUAUACGUGCUGAAUCAAUCAUGGAUCCUCCAAACUUUGGGAAUUCAGCCUCCGCUUCCGCAGCCGGCUCUUCAUCGAAAAGCGGCAAAGACAAAAAACCCAAGAAGUCAUACGAAGACGGAGAUGGGAAAAAGAAAUUCACCUUCAAACGACUCAUUCCUGAUGAGCUGGAGCGCUUCACAAGCAUGCGUAUAAAGAAGGAGAAGGAGAAGUCGAGCUCUGCAAGCCAGAGACACUCUGCCGUGCUGUACGAAGUCCCAUCACAGGCUGCCAUGCUGCAGGACCACAGCGACGACUACAUCCUGGAGCUCUUCGAGCAGAUGCUGGUGGACAUGAAUCUGAAUGAGGAGAAGCAGGUGCCGCUGAGACAGAAGGACAUCGCCAUAAAGAGAGAGAUGGUCUCUCAGUACCUACACACAUCCACAGCUGGCCAGAGCCAGAAGGAGAGCUCCAAGUCAGCUGUGAUGUACAUCCAAGAGUUAAAAACUGAACCCAGAGACCAACAGCUACUCAGCUGCCUGGAGUCUCUGCGUAUCUCCCUCAAUAACAACCCUGUCAGCUGGGUGCAGACAUUUGGAGAGGAGGGUUUGAAUUUACUGCUCGCCUUCCUAAAAAAGCUCCAGGAUGAGAAGGACGAGAACCCGAGCUCUGGUGUUGGAGUAAAAUGCCAACAUGAGAUCAUCCGCUGCCUCAAAGCCUUCAUGAACAACAAGUACGGUUUGAAAGCCAUGUUAACGUCACCCGACGGUAUUCCUCUCCUGGUUCGAGCCAUUAAUCCUGUUGUCCCUCAUAUGAUGGUGGACGCUGUCAGACUACUGUCAGCCAUCUGCAUCCUCGAGCACCCCGAGAACCUUCAUGAGCGCGUGCUGGAGUCUAUAACUGCGCUGGCUGAGGAGAGAGAGGUUGAGAGGUUCCAGCCCCUGCUGUCCGGCAUGCGCAGGUCCAAUAUUGCUCUCAAGGGAGGCUGCAUGCAGCUCAUCAAUGCUCUGAUCAGCAGAGGAGAGGAGCUCGACUUCAGAAUUCACAUACGCUCCGAGCUCAUGAGACUGGGCCUGAGGGAUCUGCUCGCUGAGGUGAGGAACAUAGAAAAUGAAGAGCUCCGUGUGCAGAUGCAGGUCUUUGAUGAGCAGGCUGAGGAGGACUCAGAAGACCUGCGCUCCCGUCUUGAAGAUGUGCGCGUUGAGAUGGAUGACGUGAUGGAGGUGUUCCAGGUGCUCCUGAACACUGUGAAGGAUUCAAAAGCUGAAGGCUACUUCCUGUCCCUCAUGCAGCACCUGCUGCUCGUGCGCAACGACUACCUGAUUAGGCCGCAGUACUACAAGUUGAUAGACGAGUGCAUAGCGCAGAUCGUGCUCCACAGGAACGGCUGCGAUCCAGAUUUCAAGUGCCGGAACCUACAACUGGACGUCGAAGGACUCAUCGAUAACAUGGUGGAUAAGACAAAAGUAGAGAUCAGUGAGGCCAAGUCCACGGAGCUGGAGAAGAAGCUGGAUGCAGAGUUGACUGCGCGCCAUGAGCUACAGGUGGAGUUUAAGAAGAUGGAGGGUGACUAUGAGCAAAAAGUUCAAGAGCUCAGUGCUGAAAAAGAAACUCUCAGAAAUGAGAAAGCCGAUAAAGAGAAAGAGAACCACGGACUGUCUGGAGAAAUCAGCCAACUCAAAAACAAGAUUGAAAAACUGUCUAAGGAUCUCGAUGAAGCUAAGAAGAAGAUGACGGUUCCUGUAGCCUUGCCAGCCUCAAUGCCUCCUCCGCCUCCACCGCCACCUCUGGUCGGCCAGCCAUCAAUGCCCCUGGCACCCCCACCCCCACCCCCACCUCUCCCUGGAUCCGAUGGCAUGCCCCCUCCAAAACCUCAGUCUGCAUGCAUGCCCGCUCCACCUCCUCCCCCUCCCUUGCCAGGCAUGCCCCCACCGCCUCCGCCUCUACUUGGGCAGGCGGGUAUGAUGCCCCCUCCACCGCCUCCGUUACCCGGUGGUCCUGGUAUGCCCCCACCUCCACCUCCACCUCCAGGAUUUCCGGGAAUGCCCCCGCCUCCUCCAAUGCCUGGCAUGCCACCUCCUCCACCCGGAGGGUUUGGAGCCUGGGCUGCUCCAGUACCACAACUACCGUUUGGCCUGAAGCCCAAGAAAGAUUACAAACCAGAGGUGCAGCUUAAGAGAGCUAACUGGAGUAAGAUUGGACCUGAGGAUCUGUCAGAGAGCAGCUUCUGGGUGAAGGCGAAAGAAGACCGCUUUGAGAGUAACGAGCUUUUCUCCAGACUCACGCUGACGUUCUCCUCCCAGACUAAGAGUGAGUGUGAGCUGCAGUGUGUGACUGUGUUCAUGCUAACAUGGAUGAAACAUGCUUUCUUUAUGAAUGAAUAAACCUCAGACCAGCAGAAUCAUAUUCAUAUGUUUUCUUU